AUGGAAGCUGUUGUAUCCAACGCACAAAUGGAAGUGGUGGAGUCUCUGUCUGUCUUCAAACAGAUAUGGAGACUGGUUUUGGAACUGUUUAGCCAAAUGGGUAUUAUUGGACUGAAUUUAGGGAGUGGGAAAACAUUUUACUGUUUGACAGUGCUUUCCUCUAACACAAGAAGCUUAAAUGUGUUUUUUUCUCCUUUUUCUAAAGAUUCGUCUUCCAACUAUAUCAGGCAACUUGAGACAAAAGUGAAACUGCUGGAGGAUGACAACAAGCUUCUUUCCCAGCAGUCCAGCACGGGGGACCUGAGGACUCUGAGGAAAGGAUUGUCCCCGUACCACUCUGAGUCACAGCUCUCAUCACUGCCACAGUAUCAAGAUGCCCUGCAAAAUGGACCGGGUCGCAUGACAUCUGAUCUUGCAUCUUCUCCUGCAACAGGGUAUGUCCCUGUUGGUCAGAAGCCAGAGGCUGUGGUGCAUGCUAUGAAGGUCCUUGAGGUCCAUGAAAAUCUGGACAGGCAAAUGCAAGACAAUUAUGAAGAAGACCUAAGUGAAAAGGAGAAGGCGAUUGUUCGCGAAAUGUGCAAUGUUGUCUGGCGAAAGCUGGGUGAUGCUGCGAGCUCCAAACCCUCCAUCAGGCAACAUCUGUCAGGAAACCAGUUCAAGGGUCCCUUGUAGGAACACCAUACUGGUGACUGGAAGUGAUGGAUUCUGUGAAGACUAAAGAGGCAGAGCUCAGUGUUUCUGGCUGCCUGUUCUUUAGGAUUUGGGGUUGAGUUUUUUUCAGGGUUUCCUUUUUCUUCUUCUUUUUUUUUUUUUUUUCCCCAGCUUUUUUUUGUAACAAUAGUGUAAAUAUGGCAGCUAAAGGCCUGAUUUCCAGGCUGUGGUGCUCUGGAACUACUGUUCAAUGGGUAACCAUCCAAUAAUGCCAGACUUGCAUCAUUUGUAUUGUAGUCCAAAUCUGCUUUGUUGUAAUGGUCUGUUUGUAGAAUUAACUAACUCCAGAGAAUUUCUAAGAGGAACAAGAAGAACCCUUGACCUGCGGAGAAGUCACCGUUUGUACUGCUCCUGUCCACCCACUUGUCAGUGAUUCAUAGCUGGGUUAGUGGCUCCAGGCAGCACUUUCCAAGGAAAAUGCAAGUCAAAUUCACUGGCUUACUGCCUGCCAAGUUCAUGAGCUGCUAACACUUUUUUUGGAGGUCCUUCUUUUGAAGAAUGACAUGCAACUGUUUUCACAAGGCUCUGUGUAAAACAUUGAGUGGCAAGCUAAAAACACUUGUACCACCAUACUUUGUAUGGUGGUGCUCAUCACACAAGUGUACAGAAAGGCUUGAGACUCUGUAUCAGCUGUUAAUGAACUAUUUUUCAUGAACAAAUGACACAAGAUUUCUGCAGUUGUAAUGUGAAUGAAGUCAUUUAGCCACACACCAGUAUUCCCUACAAAUAUGGCAACACUUUUCCUGUAAAGCUUUCACUACAAAGUAAUUCAGCAAAAAACUGCCAUCCUAGCAGUGCUUAUGGCUUUCACAGGAUCUUCAAGAGCAGCUCAUCUUUCACAUAAGGAAGAUUUGGGUGGGUUUUUUUAAUGUUCUUGCUGGAUCCCUCACCUAUACUGGUUCCUGUGUAAGGUAAUCAAACAACAACCUUGCAGAGCUGAAUAAAAACUCCAUAAACACGGGCUGUCAGGUGAGACUGCUUCCUGCCAUUCAAGCUUUAUUUUUGUGAAUGAACCAAAACAAGUGAGUUUUUCCUUCUUCAAAUGGUUGUAUAUAAAACAAUAGGACUUAUAUUUUGCUAUUGUGGAGUAGCUGCCUGUGUAGUUGUAAGAAUUUGACUCCCUCCUUUUCCAAGUUGUCACAGCAGCUGUCCCUGUAUUUCAUUAGAUGUUCUUUCCCAAUAGUCCAAGGAAGUGGGGCUUCGUUAUUAGAACUCAUUUCUGUAACAUAAUUUUAAAGACAGGCAUGUGAAAAGAUCAAAGCCUCCUCUUCAAAAGUUGCAUUGAUUUUAGUGAUUAUUUUGAAGAUGUAAUGACCUCAAACACCAUUCCUUUCCUUUUAUUCUCUGUAAGAAUCAGUCACAGCUACAGACAGCUGAAUUAGCUGGACAGGUUCUUCCUCUUAAAUUAAUUUGUUCUACCAGUUGAGUUCUUGACUUGUGGUAUUGUAUUAACAAGGAGCACCGAUACAAUACCAAGGAGCCCAUGCUGCAACUUAUGAAAGGUAAUUGGUCCUAUGGCGUACAAUAAACUAGCUGCCUGGGUGAAGAAUCUGCAGUGUCAGAGCCGAAACCUGUAACCAGUAAGAAAAUAGAGAAGGAAUACAACCGAAAUACACAGUAACCCAUAAGAGUAAGAACCACGUCAUUAUUCAUUGCAGAAAUAAAAAUGUAACAGUCGAGUAGGUUAUUUGAAAACAACCAAGAGCCACCCCCGAAACCCAAGCACAUAUUCUCACUCACACACUCACCAGUAGAUUUCUUACUAUUGCUCAGUCAGUGAACACUGAGCUAGCUAGCUCUCAGUCUAAUAGUAUUUACAUCCCAUGGAGUCCGGAAAAAUCCAUUCUAGAGUCUGACUGUGUCCUUAAGGCACAGGAACUUUAGAGGAUUCUGGAUUUCCCCAUCUUCGCUUUCUGUUUUGACCUCCAGUUUCUAGUCACCAUUGACAAUUACUUGUCUUCCUGCUGUACAAUUUGUACCUUGAGAUUUCCAUACCAGAAAAGGUGAUGCAAAGCAGAGGUAUCACUCUUUCUUAACAUCUAAUGUCAAACAGGGUUACUUUAAUCUACCUGCUUGAAAGCCCAUUUUAAUUUUGAUGGCAUCUAAUCACUGGAUUAAGCAGAGAAUUUAAGUAUAUUUGGAACAAGGUUAAUUUAUGUCAGUGAAUUUUAACUAAAGCAAUGCAAAUGUUGCCAGCACUUAAAGAGAGUUAACUGUGUUGAUGACAUGCUUGCUGUUUAAGGGGUAUAUUAGGCUAGCAGGUCCUCUCAACAAGAGAAGAGCUACAUUAAUCAGACUACUGGUCUCACCAGCUACGUAAUUCCCAUUCAAAUAUUUCCUGCUAUCAAAUUUCUCUCAAAGUCUAUUCAAUGACUUCAAGCAAAGCUUGUUUUGUUCUACCUGCAGAUCUCACCUACAGGGGAAACAGUGCUGCGAUUGAGGUCAAUUCAGUAAUCCUGGAGAGCCAGUUUACAGGGUAGCCAGCAAUUCAUCUGAACAACCUUUAUACUUAGGGUACCGCCCAGUGAUUUUUUAAGAUUCUAUUUGGCAGCAUCAUCUUCAAUAUAAGAUGUGCAUCACUGAAUUUGCAGAAGAACACAACAGUGCUGUACCUUGGGGUGUUACUGUUCGGAGGUUUUUAGGCUUGCUACUCAUCAUACUUAGCUCUAUUUGAGCUAUAAAGUGUCUUCCUGGGGUAAAAUGAUGAUCAAUGACUUUACGGGAUGACUUGGGUGCUGAAUUUUCAGCUGUUUAAAAAGGUAUUUUAUAUGCAUAUUUAAAUUCACUAUGUGCUAAGUCUCCAGUGAAAACUACCUGAGGAGCUUUGUACAUUAAGUUGGAAGAGAGCAUCCCUUGAAAUAGUGGCCAUUAAAUUGAUAUAUUUGGCGCAAUAGCCCAAGAUAAUUUCCUCAAGAUUGAAGCCCUGGGUUCUGCAAUCCUCUGGCAAAGAAAGCAUCCACUGUUUACAAAAGGACUUUGCUUGCUUAAGGAAAGUAAAAUCACAUCCUUGACUUUUGUUGGAGUGACUGAAGUAAGCAGCAUUUUCCUAACAGUUCCUGAAAUGCUGCAGUGUAACCAGCUUCAGUUGGCUCUUCGCACCUUGAUAAGACUGCCGAGCACAACCUUGUUUGAGAAUGGCACAUUUUUAUCCAAAUAUUAGAUAUUAAAAGAAAUCAGUGUUAAAGUGACCUUUUAUCUUUCUAGAAACUGUGGGGGAAGAGUACUACUGAUCUUUUUCAAAGUGCAUGACUGUAAAGUGAUAAAAUUGUAUAUUUUUCAUAAUGUGGGGAAAGUCUAUUUGUGCUGCUUUAGAAAUCAGUUUAAAGUUUGAUUUCUGUUAAACCUGUGAUCUUACAGCCCUGCUAUAUUUUCUGUAUAUGAAUUACAAUGAACUGGAAAAGUUAGCACCUGCUGUUGUGUAUAUAGCAAAAUUCUUUAGACCUUAGCACGCGUUUUUACCUAUUAUUGAACCACUCUGGCUUUUUUGGGGAGGGAAAGUAAUAGUACAGAUUUUUUUGAUAAUGUGUGUAAAACAUUCAUUUGAAAUAUUUUAGUAAAAAUGAAGUAAGAAAUUGAUUGUGAUAGUGUAUACUUCUAGCUGAAUAAAAUAAAAUACAUUCUUUUUAAAUAAACUGAUGAAUAAGAUUUGGGAGACCACUGCUGAAAUAUCUUGCAGUAAGUACCAUAGUUGUGAAUUCUGAACUAAUAUGAAGAAUCUGGAAAUCCACUAAAUUCAGAACCAAUUUUAUUUGGGUAGAGUGAACAAAGUAGUCCCAUUUAUAACUAUGAUGUACAUCACAGUAGGCUGUUACAUUCAGACUUCAACACUUAGAAAAUAUAUAUAUUAUGUACAGGAAUUUGCAAAUAGGUGUAAACAUACAAUAUUUUAAGAUACCAGUACAUUCCAAACCAAAACUAUCAGCAAGGCAAACACCUCAAAAUUAUUCCAGUCAGCUAGCAUUCAGAAUCUCCCUUAAAUAAAGCAGCUUUCAUGCU